CUAAUAUCUCAGUGUGAUCAAAUAAUAAGGUGAAAAGGUUUGUAUUUGUGAUGAUGGAGAGCACCCCAUCCCCCCUGCAACCUAAACACUCCGCUCCCCUUUGUCUAUAAAAGGCAGGCAGAUUGCUGGAGCUAAGGCGCCCUCUGGAGGCAGUGCUGGGCGCUGCACUUUGUAGAUCUUGCUGCUAGCCGGAGUGCUUGCUCUCCCUGCCGCAUCGCUCUCCCCUGCUUCCCGCACCUUGGGAAACGGUGUGACCCGCAGACCGGACAGGACCCUCCUGGGGAGAUGGUAAGUGUGUGUGUGGGGGUCAUUUCUGAUCCUGGAGCCUGGCCGCGCCGUACAAGGUGACCCCCCUCCCCCUGGCUGUGGCUGAUUGGCGUGGGCAGAUGGAGCUGACUGCAAGGUCUGCACUCAGCCGGGUAUCAGAUACACAGACCUCAGCAUCAUCCUCAGACCUCGGCCACACACAGCCAAACUUGGGCUCCUGGAGGUAGAUCCUGCACCCACACCUACCUUCAGCUCCCUCUCCUCUGCAGAGCUGAGCUGCUGGCUGGAGUACACUUACCCUAGUAUGGGAGAGCCAUGUUAUCCAGGAAGGGGUUAAUUCCUGAGGAGUAUGUACUUACCACCCGCCUGGUAGAGGAGAGUGAACCCAAGUACCAAGCCAAGAAGAGAAGGGCUAGGUUUGUAGCCAAGAAUGGGACCUGCAAUGUGGCUCACAAGAACAUCAGGGAGCAAGGACGCUUCUUGUUGGAUGUCUUCACCACUGUGGUGGAUCUUAAAUGGCACUACACCCUCCUCAUCUUCACCAUGUCCUUCCUCUGCACAUGGCUUCUGUUUGGCAUGAUGUGGUGGCUGAUUGCCUUUGCCCAUGGGGACUUGGAUGUGACUGAUGAAGGGUUUGUACCAUGUGUGACCAGCGUCCAGUCAUUUACAGCAGCCUUUUUAUUCUCCAUUGAAGUGCAGGUAACCAUUGGGUUUGGUGGGAGAAUGAUCACUGAAGAAUGUCCCAUGGCCAUCUUGGUUCUGAUUAUCCAGAACAUUGUAGGGUUGGUUAUUAAUGCCAUCAUGUUGGGUUGCAUCUUCAUGAAGACUGCACAAGCCCACAGAAGGGCAGAGACCCUGAUUUUUAGUAAACAUGCAGUGAUAGCUCUAAGGAAUGGCAAACUUUGCUUUAUGUUUAGAGUUGGGGACUUGAGGAAAAGUAUGAUCAUUAGUGCCACCAUCCACAUGCAAGUGGUGAGGAAGUCCAGCAGCCUAGAGGGAGAGGUCCUUCCUCUAACCCAAAUAGACAUUCAAAUGGAAAAUCCGGUGAACACAAAUGGCAUAUUUUUGGUUUCUCCACUUAUUAUAUGCCACACCAUUAAUAAAGAAAGCCCACUAUACGAUAUAUCAUCGCAUGAUCUCAACCACCAUGAAGAUCUGGAGAUAAUUGUUAUACUGGAAGGAGUGGUGGAAACUACAGGUAUCACAACCCAAGCAAGAACUUCUUAUCUGGCAGAUGAAAUCCUCUGGGGUGAACGAUUUGUCCCCAUAGUAGCGGAAGAAGAUGGCAGGUAUUCAGUUGACUACUCCAAAUUUGGAAACACAGUCAAAGUGCCAACACCUAACUGCACAGCUAGACAACUAGAAGAGGACCAUCGAAAUAUUGACCCGCAUUCUUUUUCGCCAAGGAAUACAAUUCGAAAAAGGAAUGUGACAAUGAAAUUAAAACCAAAAUUCACCUUGUUUGAUGAGCCUUCCUGACCUCUGAAAAUAUUCUCUAAAGUCAUGCCACUUGAUUAGUUCCAUGCCACCAGUCCUUUAGGUGGGCAAAGAGGAUAUAUGCAGUACUGGUGACACCUCUGCUGACGUAGGGCUGAAACCUUUGAAAUAUUUAUGCAUUAUUUAAAACAAUAUCUGACUUGCACUUAAAGUUAUAAAUGUUAGAUUAUUUUUAAUAUCGCUUAUUUUGUAAUCAUCCAACUAUCCACAUUUAAAUAAUGUUACAGUGGUUAUAAACACUCCUCCCUCCCCACCCCCCCAAAUCUACUGUUCUCAAAAUCCCACUGUAAGUAUUAUUUGCAAUAAUUGAUGUGUAACACCCCAUCUUUCAAUAUUGCAUGUCUGAAGACUUAGUGCAGCUUUUGGGAGAUUGGCAACUGCCACCUGAUGGUAGGACUUAAAUUCAGAAAAGGUUAUUCAGUGUUUUCAGGGACACGUCAUCACCAACUAGUAGACCAGCCUUAUGCUCUGUGCAUGUUUGUUUGUUUUUUAAAAUAUAUUUCUGGAGCUAAAUGAUUGAUAUACAUAAUGAAUUGCACCAAAUAAACGGUGGCCUUUAAAUAACAAAUUAUAAUUUUAUUUAUUGCAUAUACUUGGUAUGGCCCAUGAGGUGGGAUGAUUGUGGAGUGGGGGCAAUUUUUACAACUGCUCAAGUGUAUUAGUUCUUUUGUCUGUAAUCACUCAUGCAGGAAACGUAAAACAAAUAUUGGUGGGAUUGUACAGAGAAAUGGAAUAUAAGCUCUUAAGAUCCCAUGUAUUGGUUUGAUCAUGUUUUUUUAAAAUUAAUGUAUUUAUGAUUUAUGUAUUUAGUGGUUUUUGGCACUAUAUAAAUUAAUAAUAUGUACCAAGAUACGCUGCAAAGUCUUUUAUGAAUAGGCGUAUACGUCCUGUAAUCUUUCCUGUUUUCAGAAUAUAUGAAGCAUUUUAAUUAAAUAGUAUGGAUUGGGAGCAUGUGCAUUGUGACAUCCGAGGGAUAUUGAGGGGUUAUAACCGUAGGACAGGCGCUAGCACAUGUGGUCCCUAUUCUGAGCUGGAACAUUUUACAUUAAUUGAUAAACCAGGUGCUGUAAAACGCUCUGUGGCUAAAGUUCCACCUCUCACAAAAUUAAUCUUUAUUUAGUCUGUUUACUAAAUUCUCAAUGGAAUAGGUUUAUAUUGCAAAAUAUGGACUGCAUUAGCCAAGCUGUGACGGUAACUGAUAUGGAGACAUUUUUUAAACCUAAAUCAUGCUAAUUGCAUUUCAGUUUGCUACUCCUUCCUAUUAAACUAACAGUCUUAUUUGCUAAAGUGAGAAUUUAAAGUGAAAUCAAAUUUUAGGCAAAAGUAGCUGAAAUGAAGAUAUUCUCCAAGUCAGCUAUGAUGUCAUUUUGGCUACUCUGGUCUUACAUCUUAAAUUCACUUUGAAUUCACUUGAAAUUCUCACCUUAGUAAAUAACACUGCUAGUUCACAGUCCUCAUAUUCACAGAUGCCUAAAUUCUCUGCAAUCUUGAAUUUAGCCAGGGGCUAACUCCAUACGGCACUCCAGAUGUUGUGGCCUACACCUCCUUUGAUGCUUUGCCAGCUUAUUGUUAUGUAACUCUUAAAAUUCUGUUAUGUAUCGCUCCAGCAUGUUAAAGGGACACUAUAGUCACCAAAACGACUGUAGCUUAAAGGGACACUAUAGUAACCUGAACAACUUUAGCUUAAUGAAGCAGUUUUGGUGUAUAGAACAUGCCCCUGCAGCCUCACUGCUCAAUCCUCUGCCAUUUAGGAGUUAAAUCCCUUUGUUUAUGAACCCUAGUCACACCUCCCUGCAUGUGACUUGCACAGCCUUCCAUAAACACUUCCUGUAAAGAGAGCCCUAUUUAGGCUUUCUUUAUUGCAAGUUCUGUUUAAUUAAGAUUUUCUUAUCCCCUGCUAUGUUAAUAGCUUGCUAGACCCUGCAAGAGCCUCCUGUAUGUGAUUAAAGUUCAAUUUAGAGAUUGAGAUACAAUUAUUUAAGGUAAAUUAAAUCUGUUUGAAAGUGAAACCAGUUUUUUUUUCCAUGCAGGCUCUGUCAAUCAUAGCCAGGGGAGGUGUGGCUAGGGCUGCAUAAACAGAAACAAAGUGAUUUAACUCCUAAAUGACAGUGAAUUGAGCAGUGAAAUUGCAGGGGAAUGAUCUAUACACUAAAACUGCUUUAUUUAGCUAAAGUAAUUUAGGUGACUAUAGUGUUCCUUUAAUGAAGCACUUUAGGUGUAUAGAUCAUGUACCUGCAGUCCCACUGCUCAAUUAUCUGACAUUCAGACGUUAAAUCACUUUUGUUUCUGUUUUUACAGUUCUAGCCACACCUCCCCUGGCUCUGAAUGACACAGUCUGCAUGGAAACAAAGUGGUUUAAUUAGCAAUCAGAUAUUAACUUGUUUUAGAGGUUGAUACCUCCUGCUCUAUAAAUUGAACUUAUUAAGUGACAGGAGGUUCCUGCAAGGUCUAGCAGUCUAUUAACAAAGCAGAAGUUAGAUAUUCUAAAGUAAACAUAAUGUGCAAUAAAGAAAGUGUGAACAUUAGAUGACUCUUUACAUGAAGUGUUUAGGAAGGCUGUCUAGGUCACAUGCAUGGAGGUGUGACUAGGGCUAUGUAAAUAAAGUCAUUUAACUCCUAAAUGGCAGAUAAUUGAGCAGUAAGACUGCAGGAGCAUGAUCUAUACACCAAAUCUACUUUUUUUAAAUUGCUUUGGUGACUAUAGUGUCACGUUAAAUAUCCACAUAGAGCAGGAUUUGCUAUCCCUGCUGAAAAAGAGGUAUAUAUUUAUUUAUUUAUAAAAUAUUAUACCAGGAAGGAUACAUUGAGGGUUAUUUACUAAAGUAAGAAUUCAAAGUGAAUUUCAAAUUUAAAGGAACACUAUAGGGUCAGGAACACAAACAUGUAUUUCUGACCCUAUUGUGUUAAAACCACCAUCUAGCCCCCCUGGUCCCUCUUUAACUCCCUAAAUAUAGUAAAAUCUUAUUUCUUUUCAAGUCUGUGGCUGCUGGCUCUGCCAUUGUUUGCCUCUGACCUGCCCCUGUCUGCUGACAUCAGCAGAAGUGGUGGUCUGAGUCAAUCGCAAUGCUUCCCCAUAGGAUUGGCUGAGACUGUCAAGGAGGCAGAUCAGGAGCAGAGCCAGCACAAGUCAAACACAACCCUGGCCAAUCAGCAUCUCCUCAUAGAAAUGAAUUGAAUCUAUGCAUCUCUAUGAGGAAAGCUCAGUGUCUACAUGAAGAGGGUGGAGACACUGAAUGGCAGUGCUGCUUACGCUGCAGCACUGCCCAAGGAAACACCUCUAGCAGCCAUCUGAGGAGUAGCCAGUGAAGUUAUAAUUAGGCUGUGAUGUAAACACUGCAUUUUCUCUGAAAAUACAGUGUUUACUGCAAAAAGCCUGAAGGUAAUGACUCUACUCACCAGAACAAAUACAAUAAGCUGUAAUAUUAUUGCUGUGGAUCUCUGUUAUACACUGAGACACACCAACAAUAUGGAGCUCUUAGAAAAGAGGGACAGAGAAAUUUGGGCCCAAAAUAGGCACUGCUCCUCCUAAAUAGGGGCACUUGGGUGGUAUGUUAUAGUGAACUAAAAACCAGAUUGUAAAAUUCAGGUUCAAAUAGCCAAGCUGUGGCUAUCACUGAGCAUGUUUUCAAGCUAUUGUUUUGCCUAGAUUUUGCAAUUAAUUUUUUUCAUUUACUACAAUUCCUUUAUGCCUUUUAUAU